GAGUCCAAGGGGGAGGCAUUGGCCGUUAGUUUGGACAUAGCAAAGGCCUUCAAUCGGAUCUGGCACAAAGCGCUCCUUUCGAAGUUUCCUUCCUAUGGGCUUCCCGAGAAAUUGUGCAAAUGGAUCACCAGUUUCCUUGCUGAUCGGAGCAUGAAGGUCGUAGUAGACGCUGCAUGCUCUCAUUUUAAGCCUAUCAACGCUGGUGUUCCACAAGGCUGCGUGCUAUCACCAACGCUGUUUCUCCUGCGUAUCAAUGAUAUGUUGCAAACUAGUAACAUUCAUUAGACACAACAACAAGACACAAGUUUGCGCGUUUACCGCUAAAAAGAACCCCUUUGUCGUAUCUCCUCAGUUUCAAGGCACUCCCCUUGCUGCCUCAGCAAGUAUCGGAAUCCUCGGCGUCGACAUAUCGAAUAGUGUGCAGUUUCGUGGUCACUUGGAAGGGAAGGCCAAACUGGCCUCUGAGAAGCUUGGCGUGCUUAGCAGAGCGAGACAGUAUUUCAUGCCGGCACAUCGCUUGCAACUUUACAAAGCGCAAUUCCAGCCUCACAUGGAAUACUGUUCUCAUCUCUGGGCCGGGGCACCCCAGUGCCAGCUUCUUCCACUUGACCGCAUCCAGCGCAGAGCGGUUCGAAUCGACGACGACCGAGUUCUUUCUGAUCGGCUCAAUACACUGGCACUGCGUAGAGAUGUUGCAUCUCUUUACGUAUUUUAUCGAAUUUACCACGGGGAGUGCUCCGAGGAAUUGUUCGGACUAAUUCCAGCCGCUCAAUUUCACGAUCGCACAUCGCGACAAAACUUGCGGUGCCAUCCUCCAUCCACCUGGGUGAUUUGCGGUCCACCACUGUGCGAUUUUGAAAGAUGUUUUCUUCCACGCACAACUGCCUUGUGGAAUCGCUUACCACCAGCUAUAUUUCCGGACCGAUACGACUUAGGGACCUUCAAGAAAAGAGCCUACUCCUUUUCAAAAGGCCGGCAAAGCAUCUGCAAUUCCCCUGGUGUUGCGGUUGUUCAUGGGCGGCGGUAGUCACUUACCGCAGGUGAGCCGCAUGCUCGUUUGCCACCCUCCUAUAAAACAAUUAUCGAUGACAGAAUAUGUUAAUUUGUUUUUUUUUUUUGUUUUAGAGAUAUUAAUUUUAACAAAUAAUGAUAUAAUAUGACAAAUAUUUUGAUUGAUAAAAGUCUUAUUCGCCAAAUUUGAUCUUCUGAAUACUAUCGGAAUCCCUCAACAUUAUUUGCUAACAAUCCAGUAACUAAUGCAGCCCAUGGACACCCGUAACCAAUUUCAAAUAAAGAAUGCCAGAUGCGUUUUCACCUCUGACAAUUAAAUGAAAUUCCUCAUUAGCCUAAUACUGCCUCGCUUACCGUAAAUACAGAACAUACAUAUAGAAGUACAUAUAGAAGUGAGUGCAAUGAUAUUAUGCGGCUAGAUUAGAAUGAUACCAACCAAGACAAACUCUUAGGCCGGAAAGAAACAACCAUUUAGUAAAAGUGCUUUAGUAGUUGAGUUUUUGAACAAAUGCUUGAUCUGUCUGACAAAGUACUAAGCAGGCACUUUAACAACUAAGUUAAUAUGAUAGACCCAUUAAUACGCCUGUUACUAUAAUGUUAUUAUUACCAAACUGAAAGUAUUCAUCGAAAAAGACUUUAAAGUUAUAAUAGCGAUAUGAAAAGAAAUUCAAAUUAAAACAUACAUAAGAGUACUUCCCACGGUUGGGGCUUUCUCUCAUUUCUGAGAGGGUUAUAGACUCUCGGAAGCUGAUUUUUCCGAGUGCUUGUUCUUCCUGGCCCCACGGUCUCCACGUAUCAGAGUCGGGAGGUUUCGUUACGCAGGUAGAGUUCGAGGCUGUGGAGGAAGUGUUUCUGUUACGACUUACCUAAGAAGGACAAGAAGGGGAGAAGUCCUCUUCCGAAGAGAGGCUGCCGAGGUGGUAGUGUUGCCUCCGACGUGUGCGAAAGCGUUCCCGUGGCCCUACCAAUAUACGUCGAAAGUGGAAACGCCACGAGGUUUUGGUGGGUGCGAGUCCAACAUAACCCGUCCUUGCUCCUGUGAAGCGGGUAUGCGAAGUCAUUGCCCCAAGUAAAAUAAACUCAAGUUAAAUGUUGAAGUUUUGCCGGCGGUGGAUUGCUUGUCUUGUAUUAUUGUUAAAUUAAUAGUUUGAACUGGAUUUUGAUAUGUAAAAGUGGUGUGAUUUUGUGUAUUAAAUGUCUGCGCAUGUAAACUAUUAGUGGAAACAGUGAAACAAGUGCUCCGAUGGUGAUGUGAAUCUCAAGAUAAGGUGUGCUUACGCGUCUGAAAUACUACCGCCAACUGUCUGCUGGCUCAAGUUGCCAUCAAAUAUCUCUCAAAAACUACUUAAUGUGACGCAUCAACAUAUUGUGAAGCAGUGUACUAUAUACGAUUAUUAUCACUUGAUACUGAAAAUCUAUAAAAAUGAAGAUCCCGGACGAAAUGAAAUCUGCGCCCCCUUUUCCCUAACGGGGGUUGCUUCCGAUUCGGCAGAAAGGUCAUACAGGCCAAUACCAGUCUCACAGGUGGUGUUUAGUGGGUAGGCACUUAGAUUUUGCAGUGAGCCCCACAUAACCACUCAGCUGUCGUGGUAUGCUUAGAGCAUUCUCCACUAGUAGCGCUUUUCAUUGCUUCUGGGCGCAAAAAAAUUGAAAUGAAGACAUGGAUUAAAGGACAAGCAUUCAAGCCAAAAACUUAAUUUAAAGUCAAAAUGACAGAUGACUGAUAGUGAAGUGACAAGUGACAUAAUCAGACAUAAUUCUUGUACAUACAACUUUAUAAUUUGUGGACAUAAUGUUGUGUUGUUGAUCUGAUGAAGUGCUUAAUGUUUACGUUUUGUAUCGUUUGUUUUUCGUUUCAACUUUCUUAUAAAUUGAAUUAUUAUAGCUUAAAGGGGAAUCAUAUAUUUUUUAAAUUAUUUGGUUUAUACUUUUAAACCUGUUUAAAUUUUAUGAUUAUAAAUAAACAAGAAAUGUAAUAUUCAUCUCCUGCUUACUUUAUUUUUCAUGAAUAAAAUGAAUGAAAGAGAGUCUAUUAAAGCCUACGCUCACUCUAUUAAAAAACUCAAAAAUGAGUGUACUGAUAAAGGUAUCAAUGAAGAUGAAUUUAGAAAACUGUAUUUUGAGUCUUUAAAAUCAAUAGAAGAAAAAGAUAUUAUGGUUAAAUCACAUAGCCGUCAAAGUUUCUUUACAAAGCGAAAAUUUCUGUUAAUUCUUCUUCUUAUCCUUACAAUAUACAGUAUUAAAUAUAUAUGCUGUAAUAUUUUAUGUAACCUUCAAGAGCUUAUAUAUCCCGGACUUAGGCUGAUUAGACAAAUAUCCAUUCCCUUUAUAUCGCUUUUUCCUGCAUUAACCGGUUAGUCAUAUUUAUUUACUUAUUUUUAUAUAUUCAUAAUAUGAAACUGCCAAAAUAACAAAGUCGACCUGAUUGUAAGUGCUUAAUGUACUAGGUACUGUACCUCUUGUACAUCAGAGAAAGAAGAUGACAUAAUGUGUUGUCAAUAUAGGAUUAAGACCAAGGUGCCAGCCUGUAAUUAAAUUUGCUCAGUUUUCACAGCAAAACAUCAGUAAACGCUCUGCUGCUUAGUGGCAUAAAUAGGUUAUUUUCACUAUUUCUGAAUUCAUAUUAUGACAGCUCGGGAGCACAGUGGUGUGUGCAAUUUCGUUGAUGCACUGUAGGACACUGUAGGUUCGAAUCCCACUAAGAACUAAUUAUUAAAUGGCCUUCAAAUAAAUAGAUCCAACUCUAAAUGUUUUCCACAUCUAUUUUCUAUAGUUUUGUGGAGGUCACAAUAAAAGAAAUAAAAAAUCCUAAUUACAACAAAGAGUAAUGUUUAAAAUAAAAAUAAUUCAGCGUUGGGAUGUCUUUAUCUGUUUUAGAAUUGUAUCAGGAACCAUGCCUAAUACAAAACCCUUUCUACACUAUUAUAGACAUGGACUGUUGGCCUUGCAGUACCGUCAACAAUGUUCAUCAAAUUUAUGACCCUCAGCCACUUCACCAACAGCAUGCUGCACCUUUUAUUUAUGAGACUGACCAAGAGCAAGUAGAUAUGAAAAAAUUAAGAAAUUUAUAUUUUCGGAACAAGGAACUGUUUGACAAAGAAUCAUCCAAAAUUGUUAUGAAUAACAAAUUCCAUUUGGCGCCAUCGAAUCUUUUUCAAAAUCAGCAAGAUAUAGAAGAUACGAAUUUAUAUAUCUGGAAAAUAAAUAAUCUAAACUUGGCAAGAAUAUUACGGCAAUUAAUACCAAGAGCAAAAGUUGUGCCGAAAUUUGGACAAAGUACUGAAAGAUUCAUCAUUAUUGAUUCAAGUCACAAUGACUUUAGCAUUCCAGAUACAGAAUGUAACUUUGCUUUCCUAUUGGUCCUAAGUGGAACCAGGACAGUUAUUCUGAAUCCAGCAGAAGAAUGCAAACACCAGUGUAAAUCAACACAGGUUGAUUUAAAAGAAUCCUAUUUAUUGUGGUAUAAUUGGUGGUAUUGGAGACCAGUAGUUCAACAAUCAAAUGGGAAUUCAACUUUUGUUGCACAUGUGGGCUCUUAUUGUUAGAUUCUAAUGUAAAGAUUUAAUGAAACUAUGGAAAAAUUAAAACACUGCUGUGGAAUGUACAAAACAUUUAUUUAAUAAAAAUCUAACAAAUAAGUUAAUUAAAUUAAAUAUAUUUAAUAAAUUCACUAAAAUUGUUUAUUC